GCUUUGGACGUGGCCACCAUUCUCUCCGCCAUUGUCCACGAGGGCUGAGCCAAGUAUGGCUAAGAGAAAAGAUGCUGAGAAGUCGGCCCAACAAGAGCAGAAACAGAACAACAAGAGCGAGAGCGCGGAGGAAGAGGAGCCGGUCAGUUUCGACGACCCGGAAGGAUUCGUAGACAAGAUCACCGAUGAAGAAUUGCUUGGAGACAUUCUUCAGGAAAUUCCGAACCCGGUUACUGGCUGGGACUGUGUGAUUGUGGUUGAUGGAGUACCUCAAGUUGAAAAGGAACGACUUGAGAAACUGCAAGGAGUCAUCCACAAAAUAUUCGCAAAAUGCGGAACUAUAGUGAAUGAACAUUACCCAAAAAAUGAUGAUGGGGUUACCAAGGGUUACAUAUUCAUCGAGUACAGCAACCCCCAAAGUGCAAUUGAUGCAGUAAUUGCGACAGACAACCAUAGGCUAGACAAAUUACAUAUUUUCCAGGUCAACCUUUUCAGUGAUUUUAAAAAGUAUGAAGAGAUCCCGGAGGAAUGGUCCCCACCACCUCCUCAGCCCUACAAAGAGCACGGAGAUCUUCAUUACUACCUGCUCGAACCAGAUGCAUACGACCAGUUUUGCGUUAUUUGCGAUUCUGGUGAACCUGUUCAAAUCUGGCUUAACACCAUUCCACAACCAACUUUGUUGGAAGAGAGAGUUAAAUGGACAGAAAAAUAUGUCCAGUGGUCACCACUUGGUACAUAUUUGGCCACAAUCCAUGCUAAAGGUGUGGCAACAUGGGGUGGGCCUUCAUUUGAGCAAAUAAGGAAAUUUACACACUAUGAUGUUCAAUUCAUCGAAUUUUCACCACGUGAAAAUUAUUUAGUGACUUAUUCUCCAACUGCUCAUGUAAGAGAUCAAGGUAGACUGAUAAUCUGGGACAUAAGAAGAGGAGAUAUAAUGAGAAGUUUUGAUCCCGAAGGUCCUGCAAUAUGGCCUGUUUUUAAAUGGUCUAAGGAUGAUAAAUAUUUUGCUAAAAUUGGAACUGACAUCUUAUCAAUUUAUGAGACUCCAAGUUUUGGACUUCUUGACAAAAAAAGUGUCAAACUUCCUGGUAUUAAAGAUUUUGCUUGGUCUCCUACAGAUAAUAUCCUUGCAUACUGGGUAUCUGAAGAUGAAAAUGUGCCUGCUAGGCUAGUUCUUAUGGAAGUUCCAAGCCGUAACGAAGUUAGAGCCAACAAACUAUUUAAUGUCUGUGACUGUAAAAUUCAUUGGCAGAAAUCUGGUGAUUACCUUUGUGUUAAGGUUGACAGAUAUUUAAAGAUGAAAAAAGAAAAAGGAGAAGUGAAAUACAUUAAUAUGUACUGCAACUUUGAAAUUUUUCACCUGAGAGAGAAAAACAUCCCUGUCGACUCGGUCGAAAUCAAAGAGACUAUUCACGCUUUCGCAUGGGAGCCGGUUGGUUCUACUUUUGCCAUAAUCCAUGGCGACACCAAUAACAUUAGCGUUUCAUUUUACGGCCUGAAAACAGGGCACAAACCUGUUUUACUGAAAAAAUGCGAUAAGAAAUCAUGUAACACUCUCUUCUGGUCCCCUGCCGGUCAAUUUAUCGUUCUAGCUGACCUGAGGAAUAACGGAUCUCUCGAAUUUAUCGACACAUCGGAUUUCACGGUGAUGAAUACGUCUGAUCAUUACAGAGUAUCUGAUGUUGAAUGGGACCCAACUGGGAGAUACGUUGUCACCGCGACAUCCAAAUGGAAAUCUAAGGAUGAUCUUGGUUAUUGGAUUUGGACAUUCCAAGGGAGAAUUCUAUCAAGGAAUAAUAUGCAGAAAUUCUGGCAACUUCAGUGGAGGCCGAGACCUCCUACACUUUUAUCGUCCGAACAACAGAAGGAAAUCAAAAAGAACCUGAAGAAAUAUUCCGCUGCUUUUGAAAGCAAGGACAAAGUCAGGAUGACAAGAGCGUCAAAGGAUUUGAUAGAGAAGAGAGCAGCAGCCAUGAAAAAGUUCGAGGAUUAUAGGCAAUCGGUUCAAAAAAUAUGGGAAGCUCAAAAAGAAAAACGAUUGAAACUUAGAAACAAUGUUGACACCGAUGACUUAAAUGCCGACUUACAAAAUGCUGAAGAAGAAGUUAUUGAAUUCCUCGUUAAGCAAGAAAUAAUCACUCUUGAGUAACACUUGGAGGAUCUGAGUUAAAUAAAAACCUUUGAGGGAAGAAUUGUUUUUAAACUUGUCUUAUCUCUCAGAGGGUAUACACUUUUUCUGCUUUACAUCAAUUUUGUGGACACUUAAUCAAUCAGCAGAGUAGCGAGGGGGAAAAAAAUUAUAACAUUUAUUGCGAUUAACGAUGACUGAAAAAACCCAAGAGGAUCGAGGGACAGGGAGUGGUUACAGCAAACGAAAAAUUCCAAAACCAAAAAAUACCUUUCAAACCAACGAUAUCAAGAACAAACCCAUAGACGUCAACAAGUUAUUGGCCAAGCAUAAAACAUAUGACAUUUUUCACUGCGUAGGGAGGGAAUUCCAUCAUGUGCAUUACAGGAUAGACCUGUUUUGUGAUGUAUUAAUAUUGUUUUUCUUUAUUUUUCUUAUUUAAAAAGAAAAAAUGUUUGAUACAUGA